GUCAGUCAUUGCUGGCAAAUCCAACUCGCACCUGCUACAAGUUACUCUGUAGCUGCUAGCCAAUAAAAAAGCAGGUCAUUUAGACAUAGUAGUGUUGCUGUCCAAGGCAGAGGCGUUAUUUAUAGACAGGAGUAAGGUAACAGUCUUAAUACACUUUUAGAGAACUUGGGCCUACAGUUAAUAAACAAUACUUUCAGUAUCUACAGUUUUGGAAAAACCCAGAAAUGUUCUGAAGUUCAAUGAGGCUGAGCUGAAUGCCAUAUCAAUGUUUGUGAGCUAUAGGUGAGCCAUGAAUCAGGAUGGAAUGUAGAAAACUUUUCUGCACAUUUAUGUAACAUUUUCAAAUAAUUUAUCCAAAAUGCAUACUAUCGCAAAGGUAAAUACUAAAUAGCCUUUACACACAUACUGUAUAAACACAACUUCUUAAAACCAUGUUUGAAAACCAAUAAAAAAAGAGAAGUCUCUGGCCCCAUCUCCAUAAAUAUCUCUUCAUGAACUUUGUGCCACGUGCCUUACCAAGAUGACUUAUUAGUGCCAGAAAUGUUAAUGUAAGACUUGACCUCAUUCAACUGGCAAACAGGAAGAUCUACAAAACGAGUUAAAAACCACAAACAGAAAAAAAUGACUUUCAUCUUAAUACCUAACUUUUGGGUUGACUCCUUGUACGGUACUUCUUCACUUUACAUCCCUCCCCUCGGGGCAAAUGGCACACGGCAAGAUGUCCAGCGUGUAAAUCAUCUCUGUGUAACAUAUGUCUCUGGUGUAAUUUGCUUGCCUGGGGCGACUUUAUCUCUUUUUAUUUGAGUCUUUUCUUACGCGAAGUCGUCAAAGUGAACUAGGGAUUGAAGGAUGUCCAGUAGGCAGAUAUGCGCGCUGUUGGCCGGACUGGUGGGCUUGGGCGCCAUCAUUGCUGCGACCGUCUCCAACGAGUGGAAGUGCACCAGCCGAGCGUCCUCCGUCAUCACGGCCACCUGGGUCUUCCAGGGCCUGUGGAACAGCUGUGGGGGGAACGCCAUCGGAGCCGUGCACUGCAGGCCGCACCUCACCAUCUUCAAACUGGAAGGUUACAUCCAGGUGUGCCGAGGGCUCAUGAUCGCUGCUGUCUGUCUCGGCUUCUUUGGGUCCAUCUCUGCUCUCAUUGGCAUGAAAUGCACCCGGAUUGGAGGAACUGACAAGGUCAAGGCACGCAUAGCAUUCGUCGCAGGAUUCAACUUCAUCCUCAGUGCAUAUGUGCAAGGUGUCAGAGGACUUCUGAUGGUGGGCAUGGCGAUGGGAUUCUUCGCAGUUAUAUUCUGCUUUGUUGGGAUGGACUGCACCUACAUCGGAGGAAGUGACAAAGCAAAAGACAGACUUGUCUUCACCGGGGCAAUUUUCCAUUUUGUUGGUGGUGUUUCUACCAUUGCUGGCUAUUGCUUAUACAUAAACAGAGUAGCCAGGACUACUUUUGCUCACUCUGUGGAGAGAGGUGUGCUAAGAUAUGGCAUUGGGACUCCGAUAUUUCUUGGCUUGGUGGGAAGUUUUUUCAUAAUUCUUGGUGCCGCACUCUAUGGAGUUACUGUAUAUCGAGUCCUCUUUCCGAAAAGGGUGAUCUAUGCUUUAGCUCCGCGGACAUACAUGGCUCCUCAGACCUACGCGGGGGCCUACAGGAACAGAACUCCUUACUAUGGGCCCUCGUACUACGGCCUGUCACGCCAAUCAAGAUCAUCAGGCAGGACCUACAGCUCCAGGGGAUCCAAGAUAAGCCAAACAUCUAGGGAGAGAUCAGACAGAGAUGCCUUUGUGUGA